AUGUACAAUGCCCCAGCCAACGGUCUUGCAGAAGCGUUUAACAAAAUUCUUUGCAACCUGUUGAAGAAAGUUGUUGGAAGAACCAAGAAAUAUUGGCAUGAAAGGAUAAAUGAAGCAUUGUGGGCUUAUCGGACGACAUACCAGACGCCUACUCAGGCUACACCAUACUCACUUGUGUAUGGCGUGGAAGCAGUGUUAACUCUAGAAAGUCAAAUUCCAUCAUUGAGGAUGGCCAUACAAGAGGGAUUGAUAGAUGAAGAGAAGGCAAAGCUACGUCUCCAAGAGUUAAAAGCACUAGACGAAAAGAGACUCGAAGCGCAACAAUGCCUAGAGUGUUACCAAGCUCGGCUUUCAAAUGCUUUUAACAAGAAGGUUCGCCCCAGGUCUUUUCAAGUAGGAGAUAUUGUCCUCGCAUUACGUAGACCUAUCAUCACAACACACAAAACCGGAAGCAAGUUUACUUUGAAAUGGGAUGGGUCCUACGUAGUACAAGAAGUGUACACAAGUGGCGCUUACAAGAUCGUAGCCGAUGACGGUUUAAGAGUCGGCCCUAUCAACUGA